AUGAGGGGACGUCACAGAAAAGCCGUAGUGAUCCAGGUUUACACACCGGACACCAACCACGACGAUGAAGAAGUGGAGGGAUUCUACAGCCAGUUAGAAGAGGAACUAGAGAGAACUCAUGAAGGAGACCUAGUCAUAGUAAUGGGAGACUUUAAUAGCAAAACUGGAAGUGACAACCAAGGUUAUGAGGAACUUGCUGCAGAGCGUGACCACGCCCACCUCCUGCCCUGCCUGCUGGGGGCGGGGCUCAGCGUGGAGGGCAGCGGCACUGACGACCAAACACCACUGAUGCGGGCUGCCACUAAUAACCACACGACGACGGUAAAGAAUCUGCUCAGCCUUGGUGCCGACCCGCUGGCUGUUGACAAUGGAGGAUGGACGGCCCUCCACUGGGCUGCAGUAGAUGGUGAAGCUGAGUGUGUGUCUACCCUCAUCCAGGUCACGCCGCCCACCCCCGAGCUGCUGCAGGCCGCCGACGGACACACCCCGGUGCACCUCGCCAGCUUUGGUGGCCACGAGGCUGUGCUGAAGGCCCUGGAGGGGGCUGGCUGGCCUCUUUACGCAACGGACGGCGAUGGCCUGACACCCCUGCACUGGGCUGUUAAGGCAGGGCGUCUGAACGUGGUCAGGUACCUGCUGGAUAAGGACGCGGCGCCCAGUACGGGUGCCGGUGAUGACCUCACGCCGCUGGACUUGGCUAAGAGGCAGGGUAAAGACUUAGCAGCGAGGUGGCUGGCGAGGAGGAGCGGCGCGGUGCACGGGGACGCCGCCCACAGCCUGAAUCCUGAGGUCACGUCCAGUGCCAGGGUGAACGCUGCAGCAGGUGACGACACGCUGCGGCCAGAGGACGUGAGGAAACUGCUUGGAUUCAGGGAAUGGCUGAUAGACCGCUUCAACGAGAAAAUACUUGAAGCUCUCAGCUUCCUCCAGCAGCUCCCCAUUCAGCCUCACAUUCAUUCUGCCACCAUCAGCAUCCCUUAG